CCGAGUGCCGUUUUGACAGGAUUUUCGAGAUUCUUCUCCCGGGACGGUCGCGAUCCCGUCUCCGCUUAUAAAUCGCACCGCGGGGCUUCUUUUAACGGUCCAAGGGGGCCGUGAAAAAGUUAUAAAUAAUUUAAAAAAGCCCGCCAUGCGCGCGCCAAAAAACUAGUACUAUUCCUUAAACGAUCACCACCAAUCAAUUAAAUUUCAUUUGACGUUUUUUGUCAAACGUAAUCAAUUAUUUUUAUUUAUUAAUUCCAUAUAAGGAAGAGUAUUAUCAUUGUAAUCAUUUUUAAAUAGUGAUCGACUGCGUAAAAGUGAACGUGUGUUAUUGGCGUAGUAAUAUUUUUACGCAAGCGCAAACGAAACAAAUAACGCCGGUGGAUCAACGUCCGCUUCGUUCUACUACAGUCAUCGAGAACAGUCAACGAGACACCGGUGCAUCUGGCAGUUGAUUUUUGUGAUAUUAUAACAACACUUCUAUUAAUUCAAUAUGGCAUCGGGUGUCACCGUUUCUGAUGCCUGCAAGACCACUUAUGAGGAGAUUAAGAAGGACAAGAAACACCGUUACGUCAUUUUCUUCAUCAAGGAUGAGAAACAGAUCGACGUUGAGGUGGUCGGAACUCGGGAGGAGGAGUACGACAAGUUUUUAACCGAUCUUCAAGCUGGCGGAGCCGGUGAAUGUCGUUAUGGUCUUUACGAUUUUGAGUACAUGCAUCAGUGCCAAGGUACUUCAGAAUCCUCCAAGAAACAAAAGCUGUUCCUUAUGUCCUGGUGUCCGGAUACCGCCAAAGUUAAAAAGAAGAUGUUGUACUCUAGCUCCUUUGAUGCACUUAAAAAAUCUUUAGUGGGUGUACAAAAGUAUAUCCAAGCCACAGAUUUGUCUGAAGCCAGCCAGGAGGCUGUAGAAGAGAAACUACGCGCAACCGACCGCCAGUAGCCUGAUAAAAAAAUAACAAGCUGUGCUACUCCUCUCUUACUUCGAGCCACGCACGAUACGUGGUGUACCUAUAUUUAUAAGUAUUUGAAUAUUUAAUAAAGCUUGAUUUUUGAACUGUACUCUUUGAGUUUCAUUUGAGGUGGUACCAAAUAUUGUAGAAAAUUCGUACAUGAUUUUGUUUACUUUUUAAUAAAAUGUCUACUUGUAAAAUUUA